CUCUUCUACUUGGCCUUGUCCCUCCACAACGCAAAGAAAACGACAACGUUUCGCACGAAGAGCAGUUUGAUGAUGUUCAGUUGGUUUUUUUCCUUAAACCCUCCGUUGUCUUGUCGUCCACGCACGUUCCGCUCCGUUCGAAAACCCCCACCGUCUCUCGUCCUGCACCGCUCGUUCCCUAGCAAAAGUUCUCGGCUUCCGGAAUUUGUCCUUCAAUCGGAGCCAGCAAAAAUGUUGCUGUCGAGGAUCCUGUCCCGCUCUUCCCGGAGCGCGAGCCGGACCGCCUCCCUCCUCCUGCCUUCUCCUCCUCCUCCCGGAACGCGUCCCCCGCCGCUCGUCUCCGAUCAGUGUCGCCCGCUCGCGUGCGGUCCUCCGAGCAAGGCGGUACCCACUAAUCAGUUCACCUUCCAUGCUACUCCAUUUCGGCAGUAUGGAAUCUCGUCAUCUGCUUCUCCUGAGAAUAUAGAGAGGGUUUCAAACUCUGAGGCCACAAAAGCAAGUGGAAAUGCUGAAAAUUCGAAUGGAUCAGGAGAUAGGAGUGCUGGAGAGUCGAAAGUGUCCGGCGAAACAGAAACAUCAGGCACCAGAUUAGAAGCGGCUCGUGAACCUAAUAAGACGAGGAGAAAAGCUGCAAAAAGGACGGCCUUUUCAGAUUCAGAAUCGGAGGGUGAGAAGGAACUAUCUAUGGAUGACUUGGCAAAACUUGUGGCAGAGAAGGAAGAACUUUUGAAGUUGAAGCACAAAGAGAUUGAAGGAAUGCAAGAUAAAGUCCUUCGAAGUUAUGCAGAGAUGGAGAAUGUGAUGGACAGAACCAGGCGGGAAGCUGAGAAUUCCAAGAAAUACGCUGUACAGAAUUUUGCUAAAAAUUUAUUGGAUGUUGCAGACAACUUGGGGAGAGCAUCCUCGGUUGUCAAAGAAAGCUUCUCUAAGAUUGAUGCAAAGGAUGGUGAUGGAGCAGUGCCUCUCUUAAGAACUCUUCUAGAAGGCGUUGACAUGACGGAGAAGCAGCUUGUUGAGGUAUUUAAGAAACACGGCAUCGAAAAAUAUGAUCCUACUAAUGAGCCGAUUGACCCACAUAGGCAUAAUGCAGUAUUCCAGAUGCCAGACAGUUCUAAGCCCCCAGGCACUGUUGCUGCUGUGCUAAAGGCUGGUUACAUGCUCUACGACCGAGUUCUUCGUCCUGCGGAGGUCGGUGUGACUCAAGCGGAGGAAAAUGAUGCAACAGCUGAGAAAGGCUCUUAAGCUUCUGCAAAAGCUUUAGGAGGCAUGGGGUUUGUAGUUUGACAGGAAGCCUCAAUCAAUGUGGAGACACUUAACUUGAUUACAUCAUGUCUGGAGCUUUCUCCUGAUCGUUAGAGGAGAACGGACUUAUAGGAGGAUCUUGAAUACAGUGCAGAGGAUGUCGAUUCAUCUUUCCCCAUUAACUUGCGGCAUUACACAAUUCAGUUUGGAUAUGUACGACGAUAUAAUGGCACUUUCAUGCCUCAAAAUUUUGAUACUUGUUACGUCAAUAA